UGUGAAAAUGAAAUCGUUGAAGCUGAGGAUGAUGACGACGAUGAUUAUAAUGAUGAGCUCAACUAUGACGACCUCAAGCGGCGCAUUCGGAGGGACCGGUGCCGGCUUCAGAAGAUGGAGGAUGAGCAGGAAAGGAUCCGUGUUCACGGCCCCAUACCGACGAAUGAUCUCUGGCAAGAGAAAUCUCGCCGCAAAAAGUUAGGUAGGGCAGCACAAAACACUAUCCUAAAUCAUAUGACGAAGAUAAUGGAAGUCUGCAGGGGGAAAGGAUUCGUCUAUGGAAUCGUGCCUGAGAAGGGGAAACCAAUGACGGGAUCCUCUGAUAGCCUACGCCAAUGGUGGAAGGACAAGGUAAGAUUCGACCUAAACGCUCCCACCGCCAUUUCCGACUUCUUACCGAUCAUCGAUAUAAUCGACAGUUCAGAAGAUCCGAUUUCCUGCCUCCAUUUGCUUCAAGAAUUGCAGGACACGACGUUAGGUUCAUUGAUUUCAGCCCUAAUGCAACAUUGUUAUCCUCCCCAGAGGACGUUUCCUUUAGACAAGGGGUUAUCGCCACCAUGGUGGCCUAAUGGGCUUGAAAUAUGGUGGGGCAAACAAGGGAAUAUAGCCCAUAAACAAGGCCCACCACCUUACAAGAAGCCACACGAUUUGAAAAAGGCAUGGAAAGUGUCUGUUUUGGCUGCAAUCAUAAAGCACAUGUGCCCUGGUUUCAAUAGAAUGAGGAAUUUGGUUGUCCAAUCCAAGUGUUUGCAAGGUAAGAUGACUGCAUCAGAGUCUUCCACUUGGUCAAGAGUAGUUAACCAAGAAGAGAGCAUUUUGAAUUAUAUAAAGGGUCUCAACAUCUCUUCUUCUUCUUCUUCUACUUCACCGACACAAGUUAUCCAAUUGGGUGGUGUCAAAAGGAAGUGUGUUUUUGACCAGGUUUCAACGGAGGCCACCACUUAUUCAUGCCCAAACUCAGAAUGUUCGCUAAGCACAGGCGGGUUCAGUUUCGGUGACAAGAACUUGAGGAGAGAACACGAGUCUGUUUGUGAUCACCGAGGUCAAAGGGUAGAUGAUGAAAUCGAAAACGUGCAAUCCCAAUUGGGAGGUGAUGAUUUCAAUAAUAAUAAUAUGAAUGUGGAAUCGAGCUGGGUGGGAGAUGGGGAAUUGUGGGAGGAUUUAAACUUGUUGGAUGGAGUAAGAAUGGAAGAUCAAGAUCAUGAGCAUCAAACAAUUAAUUAUGUGCAGCAGCAGCAGCAGCAACAACCAUUAGUAGAACAAUCCCAAUGGGGGAUGAAGGGCGAUGGGCAAUUGUGGGAUGGAGUAAGAGUGGAAGAUCUUGUUGGAAUAAUGAAAGAAAAUGAUGAUGAUGAUCAAGAAGGGGUUUAUCAGUCAAAUUAUGAGCAGUCGGAGCAGCAGCCAUUAGAGCUUAUCAUACAAGAAUUAGAUCAUCAAGAGGUAGAAAGUUCAAUCUGGAACGAUGACCAAUAUGGUGAUUUCACUUUCUGAUUAUUCUAAGUUAAUCGAAUGUGUUAUUUUGCCCCUUCCUUUUAAAACUUCUUGUUUUGCUUCUAUUCGUUUCUGUUUGUUUUCUCAUCUUUCUAUUAUAGACUUACCAUA